CUCACUGUCAAUCAAAAUAGAAAAAAAUCGACCCGAAUUCACCGAUCAACACAAGCCCGCCUUUGAUAAAAGAUAAUCAUGUUCGGAGUUUAGUUGAUCAGAUAAUCUUUCGAUUAUUACCAUUCACGAUAUGACUGGUACAUAACAUUUAACCCAUCGAAGCAUACAACCAACCGCGCCAGAGCAACGUUUGAAACAAGAGGAAAUGGCUACCGCGGACGUGGAAGGCAGUCAAAGCGAAUUCCUACAACACGGCGGAGCCUCGGAAAACCAGACCACAGACAUGACCGCCAUCCAACUAACAGGUUCAGACCGUUGGGAGUUGUUAACCCCGGUCUCUACCGGGAAGGAUGCGCAGCAGGGAGUCGUCCACAUUCCUAACUCUGGCAUGAUGACCUCUAACGGCCAGUAUGUUCUCCCUAUCGGGAACAUGGACAGUCAGCCCAUCUACGUCACAGCAUCUGGCAAUGACGGCUCAGCCAACGGAGUGUCCAGCAUACAAUACCAGAUCCACAACUCAGAUGGAACUCUGGCAGGCUUCUCUGCGCAAGGAUUGGACGAUGGCUCGGGCCAAAUCCAGCUCAUCCAGGACGGUAGCCACGGCAAUAUCGGAAUCAGCAUCGCCACGACGACAACCUCUGACCUCCUAACGCAGGCUGGGCAUAUGCAGCAGAUUCAGGGCGUGUCAUUGGCUGGGGGCACGACCUAUAGCGGCGCGGUUCCCAUGGGGCUGUCGGGGGGUAACAUAACUUUCCUCCCUAUCAACAGCAUAGACCUCGAAUCACUAGGGCUUGCCGGCGCUCAGACGGUUCCCAUAGCAACAACAACCGACGGUCAGCUGAUCAUGGGCUCCCAAGCACUGGAGGGGCAGGAAGGUGCAGCCAAACAGCUAGCGACCCUAGUUAGUGAAGCUAACGGUAACCCAGACCUCUAUGUGCCAACAACCUCAUCAUCCCAGCUGCCCGAGACCAUCGACGGGACGGGGGUUCUGACCCAAGCUACUGCUGUGUCUGCCGGGGUUUCAGACCCAUCCUCAGAGAACUACAACUCCCACAACCACCUGCAGCAAAUACAGGUGUCCAUCUCUAAUGCCUCGUCCCUCUCCCAGCCCAUCCUACAGCUGUCAGGGGACAACCAGGGGGCCCAGGGACAGGAUCUAUCCCAGUCUGGGCAGACGCUCCAGAGUGUCCAACUAGUCAACCCUGGAACGUUCCUCAUCCAGGCCCAGACAGUCACUGCUUCAGGACAGAUACAGUGGCAGACCUUCCAGGUCCAAGGGGUCCAGUCUCUGCAGGGCCUCCAGCUCCCUCAGGCCCAGGGGGGCCAGCAGCUGACUCUAGCCCCAGUCCAGGGCCUCUCUAUGGGUCAGGGAGGAUCCAUCACCCUGCCUAACCUCCAGACUGUUACAGUCAACUCUAUAGGACAGCCAGGGAUUCAAUACACACAGGGAGAGGAGGCCGGCAGUCCUGCAGACAUCCAGAUAAAGGAGGAGCCAGACUCUGAAGAGUGGCAGCUGAGUGGUGACUCCACCCUUAACCCCAGUGACCUCAACAACCUGCGUGUCCAGAUGGAUGAGGAAGACAUGGACAUGUCCACCGGGGAGGGCAAGAGGUUGAGGAGAGUCGCCUGCACCUGUCCCAACUGUAAAGAGGCUGGAGGGAGAGGGUCGAGUCUAGGUAAGAAGAAGCAGCAUAUCUGUCACAUCGUGGGCUGUGGGAAGGUGUACGGUAAGACUUCUCACCUCAGGGCUCACCUCAGAUGGCACAGCGGAGAACGGCCKUUCGUCUGCAACUGGAUGUUCUGUGGCAAGCGGUUUACCAGGAGUGACGAGCUACAGAGACACAGACGGACACACACGGGAGAGAAGAAGUUUGUGUGCGCACAGUGUUCAAAGAGAUUCAUGCGUAGCGACCAUCUGGCCAAACAUAUAAAGACUCACCAGAACAAAAAAGGUCUGGCUUCCUCCUCAUUGUCUCCGCCCCCCAGCGACACCAUCAUCACAGCAGACGGAACCACCCUCAUCCUUCAAUCAGCUGCUGGUGCCCACGACCUCCUAGGCAAUCAGGAGAUCCCACUGCAGCUGGUCACCGUAGCGCCCGGUGAGGUCAUGGAAUGAGGGCGUGGCUUAUAGACUGGCCAAUAAACAUGGACCGUGUGGGCUUCCCCCCCCCCUUUUUUUUUUUUUAUAUAUGAAUAUAUAUACGUAAAUAUAUAUGACAAAUAUAUAUAUAUAUUUUAAGUAAGAGUUAUCAUGACUUUGUUUUUUAUUUGCAGUCUUUUUAUAGGCAGGCAAAUAAAUGAAAUUCAAUGUUGUCUCUAUGUGCACACAAACAAAGAUGCACACACACUCUCGCAAACAUGAAUACUCACUACGAAAUGCCUUAUUUUGUAUCAUACUGUUGUAUAAAAUGCUGGAGAUGCAUGUGUUUUUUAAGCUUUUGCAGAUCAUGUAAUUGUGUUAGGAUGCAGGGAAUAGGAAAAGUGUAGUAGCCCUCUCUCUAGAGCGAUUGAUUGAUUGACUAUAUUGAAUCAUCAAUCGCUUUCUCUAGAGAGUGUGGGUGUCUGUGUAUUGAGAGACUACAUGUGGCUUCAUUAAUGCUUCACCUGAAACGACAAGCAUAACACCCUUUUAAGACCUUGUGAAUGCUGUCAUAGCCAUGAUAUAACACUUUUUAAAUUAUAAAACACAAAUGACGGAGUUUAACAACCAAUAUCUGCAUAAUGUCAGGCCUUUGUAAUGUAGUGGUAGAGUUGGGCUUGCACAUUGAUUCUCCAACACAUACCUUUUAUUUGUUAACAAUGUUCUGAUCAAUUAAUGUUUGGAUUGAUUGAAACUUUGCUAACCAAUAAAGUUAUGUCUGUGUGGACACUUUAUUUAAAAAAUAAUUCUCUGUGUAGAUUUUUUCCCCCCCCAGCCCUGUACCCCAUGAAAGUGAUGUGACCUCAUGCUAUUAAAGCUUGUGACAUGCCCUGUAGUUUCAGGUGAAGCGUUAUUAGUGGGUGGAUUGAUUUGGUGAUAAGUUGGCCUUACAUACUGAUCUAGGGUCAGUUUAGCAUUUACCCCCUUAAUGUUUGAGGUUAGGAUUUGGAGAGGGUAAGCUGAUCCUAGAUCUGUGCCUGAAGGAAACUUUGACCCACAGCAGAAUGUUUGAGUCAUCAGUCUAGCCAACACGAGCACACUUGCAGUGCUUGCUCAAGUCAAAUGUGUCUUCAGUUAACUUGUUUUUUAAAGUUUUUUUUCCCACUUUUGUGUUGUAUAGUCACAUUUUAUAUUCUGUUUCUAGCUUAGUCUGGGACUUGUCAGAAGGAAGCAUCUCAUAUCGGUUUUUAACCAUGGAAUUAAAAUGAGUUAAAGG